AUGAGACCAUCCAGAAGAUUAUUCCCCUUUUUCCUCUUCUCUCUGGUGAUUGCCCCCGUCUUCUCGACCUGCUACUACCCCAACGGCACAGCCGACGACAACUACCAACAAUGCAACAGAGUCCAAGGCGUCAACGGCAUGUGCUGCGCACUCGACCGCCCUAAUUCCCCGGGAGGGCCAGACUCCAAAGGGUAUACGGCAGACAUCUGUCUGGAGAACGGCCUGUGCCAGAAUAUCGUGCAAAAGAUGAGUACAGGCCAGAUGGUCUACACGUACUGGCGGACUCUGUGCACCAGCACGGACUGGUCGACGAACGGAUGCUUGAACGUCUGCACUCAGGGCGAGGUAUAUCCGGGGCAUACUGUCCCGCUCACGCCGUGCGAGAAUUCCCCGGGCUCGAGGACCUGGUGCUGUGGGCAGAAUAACACUGCGUGUUGUGGGACUUCAGAGGCGAUCAUACUUGCGCCGAUGCUGGCGGUGGGGCUUUUGGCGCCAACUUCGUCGGUGGCGUCUACCUCUGUUAGUACGGCAUCUCCCUCGAGCGCUUCUCCGGCCACGACAGCGGCCUCUGUGCCUACAACGGCGAUAUCUGCAUCUGCAUCGCAGCCACGCGAUUCCUCCCUAUCAACAGGCGUGAAAGUAGGAAUUGGGAUUGGUGUAGGUGUGGGAUCGGUAGUGGUGUUUGGUUCCUUGGCCGUUCUCCUCGUCAGAUGGCGAAGGCGAUUGGUUUCGAGGCGGCCGUUCCCCUUCAGCGGUCUGGGGAUUAUCUCCCGAGGCCAGGUGCAGGAGAAAGCAGCCGAUGGACCGCUGACAAGGCAUGAGCUCUCAGGUCGCAAUGUAGUGGAAGCGGAAGGGGAGAGUCCUGUUGUCGGUGGAGGUAAUAAGCCCGGAGCUUUUACUACGUAG